UCCACCCCCUGCUCUGAUUGGCCAGCAGGAAACAGGCACAGCUCACGGCUGCGACCUCCUCAGCCGGAUCUGCGUCUCAGAAUGGCGUCCGAGCACGACAGAGCGGUCCUCCAGGCCAUAUUCAACCCCAACACCCCCUUCGGAGACGUCCCCGACCUCAACCAGGAGGAUGCCCUGGCUGACGACGACAGCAGCUUCGACUCAGACUUGCUGGAGCAGGUGAAGGAGCUGGAGGUCCGGGGCGUCACGGCGGCGGAGGCGGGGGAUUCGGAGGCGGCGCUGCGUCUCUUCAGUCAGGCCAUCCGGAUCCUGCCUCGCCGAGCGUCGGCCUACAACAACCGGGCCCAGGUGCUGAGGCUGCAGGGGCACACAGCAGGAGCCCUGGAAGACCUGGACCGAGCCGUCUCCCUGAGCGGCGGCGCUGGACGGACGGCCUGCCAGGCGCUGGUGCAGCGGGGCCUUUUACACAGAUUAGCCAGCCAGGAUGACAAAGCCAGGGCGGACUUUGAGUCGGCAGCCGCUCUGGGGAGCCAGUUCGCCCGGCAACAGGCUGUGCUGCUGAAUCCAUACGCCGCCCUGUGCAACAAGAUGCUGUCGGAGGUCAUCCAGCAGCUGAGGAACCCUCAAGUGGAGGACAGGAAGUAGCCCGCUCCACUCCGACGGGAAUAAAACGCCUUUUUCCAAACA